GUUACUGAAGACAGCACUGUCUUGUUAUUARAACUUGAAGUCUACGGAAUUGACAAGAUGGAGGUUGAAGCGAGUAUUGUUAAGGAACACGAUCCAAGAGACUUAGAAAACUGCUCUCCAAAGAGGCAGACAGAUCUGGACAAGAAGCAAGACGUAUUGUGCAAAGUUUGCGGGGACAUCUCCUCUGGGAGACACUAUGGGGUCUAUACGUGCGAUGGAUGUAGCGGGUUCUUCAUGAGAAGCGUACGUCGAGACAUGGUCUACACAUGCAAAGGCAAUGGUAACUGCACAGUUGACAAAAAGAGAAGAAACCAAUGCCAAGCUUGUCGAUUUAAGAAGUGUCUUGACGUUAAAAUGAACCGGUUUGCCGUUCAACAAGARAGACAACCCAACUCGGCACGACUGAUGAAGCCACAGAUGGACGAUUACAGCAUGAAAGCCAUGAACAACGACUUUCUGGCUAGUUUGAUCGUAGCAGAGCCUUGCAGAGAUGCUAUGCUUAGAACUACCCAAGGCUUCAAUGUUCCAUUCCCCCAACAAGAUAUCUCRUCGUCAGUUUAUUGUUCUUCACCCGAAGCUAUCUUCGAAUCUGCUGCACGCCUCCUCUUCAUGUCUGUAAAGUGGGCGCGAAACAUUCCUUCAUUCGUGAACCUUCCCUUUCGAGACCAAGUUAUUCUCUUAGAAGAAGGCUGGCGAGAGCUUUUCAUCAUGGGAGCGGUGCAGUGGAGUCUUCCCUUAGAAGUAGCCCCAUUACUGGCUGCAGCAGGCAUGCACGUCGAYAACACACAAGCGGAAAAGAUCGUCUCUACAAUGGCGAAUAUUAGRCAAUUGCAAGAAAUUGGMUCAAGGUUCCGAGCGCUGCAAGUUUCAGAGGCGGAAUUCGCAUGUUUGAAGGCUAUUGUUUUAUUCAAGUCAGAUCUGCGUGGCCUACGCGACCCACAGCAAGUUGAGUGCUAUCAAGACCAGGCACAGAUCAUGCUCGGUGAUUACAUUAGACGACAUUAUCCYGCACAACAAGUACGGUUUGGAAAACUACUCUUGAUGCUUCCRUCUCUUCGCGCAGUUAGCAACAAAACAAUUGAGGACCUUUUCUUUCGGCAGACCAUCGGCCAAGUGGCCAUUGAGAGUCUGCUCUGUGAUAUGUUUAAAUCCAGUUGAAGAAAAAGUAUUUCUUUAUAYGAAAUCCAUAACCAAUUUUUAACAAACUGUUUUCCCUUCGUAAAACCAGGGUAAACAUACCAACACUAUGACGUGUUUCUGAGACAUUACCAAAAGAAAAAUUUGAGUCGCAAGAAGCCUUAUACUUUCUAAACGUAAAUGAUAGACAUUAGAGGCUUUUUGGAUCUUUUUGCGGAAC